UCCUCAGCUUGCUUUGCUUCUGCAACUACAAUUUCAAGAAUCGUUCGCAGAGGUGAGCUUUCAACGUUAUUCCUUAAACCCUUUAGUCCCUCCUCAAAAACCUCGACCCCACUCCCAACCCCAGUUGAUAAAUUUCUCAAAACCGACUGUAAAAAUGCCAAAGCCAACAACAUCAACGAUGCCUUGGACCAUUUUGAUCACAUGCUUCAAAUGCAUCCCCCUUUACCCAUGUCAUAUUUCAAUUCGUUGUUGGCUGCUGUAGCUAAAAAUAAGCAUUAUAAUCAUGUAUAUUCCAUGUAUGGUAGAAUUUUGGACGCUGAUUUAGAGCCUGAUUUUAUCACUCUCAAUAUUUUGCUUAAUAGUUGUUGUACUCUGCAAAGGGUCAGUCUUGCUUUUGCUGUUUUGGGGGUUAUUUACAGGAAGGGCUAUAGGCCAAAUAUUGUAACUUUUACAUCAUUGAUCAAGGGUAUGGGUUUGGAGGGAAAGAUUGGUGAAGCUGUACGACUUUUCAAGAAAAUUAUUGAGUUAGGUUGUCAACCUAACAUUAAAACUUGGGGAAUCUUGAUAAAUGCAUUAUGUAGGAGUGGACACUCGGAGAAGGCACUGGACCUGCACAGGAAAAUGGGGAGUGGGACUGUUCCUUCUGGUUCUAAGUUUAAGACUAAUUUAGUUUGUUAUAGCACAAUCAUCGACGGACUUUGUAAGGAGGGUUUAAUGGAUAAGGCCAAAGAACUCUUUUUGGAGAUGGAGGGGCAAAGGAUAUCUCCAGAUGUGGUUGUUUAUAGCUCAUUGAUCCACGGUCUGUGUGAUGCGGGUGAGUGGGAGGAGGCUAAAGGUUUUUUCAUUACCAUGCUGGACCGGGGAAUUCGUCCCAAUGUUGUUACGUUUAACAUCUUGAUAAAUGCACUUUGCAAAGAGGGGAAGCUGAGUGAGGCAAAUGGGUUAUUAGAUUUGAUGAUUCAGAGGGUUGAAAAUCCUGAUGUUAUUACCUUCAACACAUUGAUGGAUGGACUUUGCUUGGAGGGUAAGGUUGAUGAUGCAAGGGAGUUGUUUGUUUCAAUGGCUGCAAAAGGCCAUGAAUGUAACGUGAUAAGCUACAAUAUAUUGAUCAAUGGGUAUUUCAAGUGCAGGAGGAGUGAUGAAGCCAUGAGGCUUUACAGAGAGAUGGUGCAAAAGGGAUGUAAACCAAUGAUUAGCACAUUCAAUUCUUUGCUAACUGGCCUUUUUCAAGACGGUAUGGUUGAGGAUGCAAGGAAAUGUUUUGCAGAUAUGCAAGUUUAUGGCAUUACACCAGAGUCUUCUACUAAUAAUAUAUUACUGAGUGGAUUUUGCAAGAAUGAUUGCCUUAUGGAGGCCAUGGAGUUGUUCCACAAUCUGGAGAAAAGUGGAUGUGAGCUGCAGAUUGAAACCUUCAACUGCAUCCUGGAUGGGUUGUGCAAAGGAGGAAAACUCGAUAUUGCCAUUGAGCUAUUUGGCACAUUAUCUGAGAGAGGUUUGGUGCCAACUGUUGUUACGUAUUCCAUCAUGAUACAUGGAUUUUGUAAAGCUGGUAAUUUGGAAAAGGCAAGUAAUAUGUUUUUGGAGAUGGAGGAGAAAGGUUGUGCUCCUAAUUUGGUCACCUUCAAUACGCUUAUGCGAGGUUUCUGUAUUAGUAACGAGGCAGAUAGAGUGAUUGAACUUCUUCAGAGAUUGGCAGAGAGAGAGUUUUUACCAGAUGCAUCUACUUUGUCUGUGGUGAUAGACUUGCUGUCUAAGGAUGACAGACAUAUGAAAUACCUUAACCUGAUACCUACCUUUCCUAUCCAGGCUUAACCAUAGAAAACAUGCUAAACUAUAGCAGCCUACAUUGUAUAUUAUUGGGAGAGAUGCUAUAUAGGACAAAUUGUUCAUGUUGCAGUUCGGCGGUGGAGCCAUAGAAGCAUAUAUAUUGGUAUUAGUCAUAUGGGGUUAUGCAGUAUGUGUACAGGCAAUAGUUUGGAAAACUUGUUUUUGCCAAAGGAUGUUGAUGAUGCUGCAAAAGGGUCCACCUUGACUUAAUGAGUGGUAGGAGGUUCAGGCACGUCCAUGCUUGAUUAUUCCUUCCGUUCCUAUGAACAUGAUGUGGUGGAGAGUAGCUGUACAUUCAAAGAAGUUAAAAAUAUUUACGAAGCAAGUAUAUGAAAACCUUGAUCUAACCCUUGUUUCUAUUGUACAACACUUGCUUCAGAUUGGUUUCCUCAUGGUCUCCAACAGCAGUUUUAGACUUGUCUACAGUACCUGGGAACCGCUUAGUCUUGACGUGUGGCCUGAACUACUUUCAGUUUGAAGAAAGCUCAUGAUACUUCAUAUUUGCAAUUGGAUAUAGUUUAGAGCAAUGCCUGCAUCCAGUUUCCAUAUUUGGACCAGUAUACAUGCUCACAGAAGGAAGAGGAGAAUCCCCUUAAUAUUGCCAACAAGACUCGGUACUUCUGAAUCAGAUGGCUUGUGCUUUACACUCUGUUACUUGGAAAUUGGAAUUGAGUGUAUAGCCAUAUCGCGCAUGCAAGAUGCCAAGCAAACAAAUAACAACACUCAUCGGGCAACAAAAGCAUGGCAGUUCUAUGAGAUUGGAAGAAUUACUCUUACCGAGUAAUGAUGGGAGAAAAUUAAAGUGCUGAAGUUAAAGUUUGUGAGUGAUUAAAGUUUAGGUGUGGCUUUUAUAAUUUCAAUGCCUGGUGAUAGUGAUGCUAAAAAAGAUCUGCCUUUUGAUUGGAUUUCUUAUGUUAGUGGUCCAAUUCUUUCUUUGAGCUAUUGGACUACGUAUAUGAACAAGUCAAAGAAGGAAUGAAAUACAGUAGCAGUAGCUAUUACCUUCCAAAUAGUAAUAGACUUCAUUCGCUUGUUUUCACACUUGGAACACCUAUUGUUUGA